AUGUCCGGACUCCUCUCCGAUGAAGUCGCCGAGGACUAUAAGAACUCCUUGGAGGACUUGACCAGCAAUGACCGUUUCCAGAUCAGCAACUUGACCGUGAUCGCCAAAGAGAAUACCGAACAUGCAAUGGCCAUCUCGCGAGUCCUGGAGAAUCACAUCCGAUCAACACCCCCGCCGCAGAAGCUGCCGGCGCUCUAUGUAGUCGACUCCAUCGUGAAGAACGUGGGGACCCCCUACACGCUCUUCCUCGGCCGCAACAUGUAUCAGACCUUUAUGAAUGCGUAUACGCUGGUUGACUCACAGACUCGGCGGAAGCUGGAUGAGAUGCUCAAGACGUGGAAGGAACCUGUGCCUGGCUCGCUGGAAACACGCCCCGUCUUUGCUCCUGAGAUCACUCGCAACAUUGAGAAUGCCCUGAUCAAAGCUCGUACCGCCGCGCUACACCAAGAACAGGCCCGGGGCAGUCGAGACAUCCUCAAUCGGGGCCGUGGGAGUGCCACUCCCACUGGAUGGACCAACAGCCCGACGCCCCCUCAACCCAUGCCGCGGCAGCCCAAUGUUCUCCCUAAUCACAACAAACACCCUGGACCAGGUCUAGGGACAUCGACCCCGCCCCAAGGGCAUCGCCCCGAUGCGGAUUUGGAGGCGCUGAACCGUGAUCUAGAGGCGUGCAUCCUCUCUGCUCGGAACGACUUCGCCAAUGCUCCAUUCGAUACCCCCUCCCAGCAGCGUUUGAAAGCACUGCUGGACCUGCAGACUAUCAUGCGGAACCAGCAACUCACUCCGGAUCAAUUGAAACUUGUUCGGGACCAAAUCUCAGCAUACGCAGGCCCAAAGCAGACGCCUGCGCCCCCGAAUCCUCCGCCAAGUGUUGCUCCUGUAGUCGCGCCUCCCCCGGCUGCCGUCUCGGCUCCUCCGACCCCGUCUCUUUCUCAGCCACUUCAACAACUGUUGAAUUCUGGAACCCUUGCAGACCUCAUCAAAGCCACUGCCAUUCCCCAGCAACCUACUCCUCCGCCCCAUGUUCCCAAUGCUCUUCCCCCAAUGCCUCGAUACCCGCCACCUAAUAAUACACCGCAACCUGAAAACCCUUUGAUUGCCGCUCUUCGAUUACGGGGCCUUUUACCGCCUGCCUCCGCGCCUCCAGCCAUGGGAUCUUCCGGCACUCCUGCUGGAGGACCUCUCCCAUUCCUGAUUCCUGGUCAAAUGCGAUCCACGCCACCAGUCCCAACCCCACAAGUCUCCUCCAUUCCCACCUCAUCCUCGGUUCCCAUGAACACGGCCUCCAUGAAAAUUCCCCGAUUCUCUCUUAUUGCUCUUCUCUACGACGCCAAGCCGAAUCGAUGCGGCACCUGUGGACGCCGCUUCGCUACUACCGAGGAAGGUCGAAGACAGAAAGCCCGGCAUCUGGACUGGCACUUCAAGACCAACCAGCGCAUGGCAGAUGCUUCGAAGCGAGCCCAGACUCGGAGUUGGUACGUUGACGAAAGGGAUUGGAUCAAAUCUCGGGAAACCGGUGACGAUCAAAUUUCUGCCGACACAGAUGCCGCUACUGAAGGUGCCGCCGGGGCUGAUGGCAAUGCUGCGAAGCAAGGGCCGCCUAAGGUUUGGAUUCGAGCUCCGAAUGAUGCCACCCUUCGUAACACCCCGUGCCCCAUCUGCCAGGAGAAGUUUGAGUCCACAUGGUCGGAGGAUGUGCAAGAUUGGAUCUGGGAGGAUGCGACCAAAGUCGGAAAUCGCGUCUAUCAUGCCAGUUGCUAUGCCGAAGUCACUAAAGGCGGGCCCCCGCCUCGUAGCUCGACCCCGCAAGCUCGAACGGGCACACCAGAUUCCGUGCUCGGCAAACGCAAGGCCGACGGAACAGAUUCUCCAGGCGCGAAAACUCGCGUCAAGAUGGAGCCUAUGUGA